CGCUUUCUCUUCUCUUUUCCUGUCUCUUCUGCUUUGACUACGGUGCACCAGUUCCCAAUUCCAACGACCAGUCGUCAUCACUAUCCAGGCAGAGGGAUUUCUGGCCAACCACACGAGCCCGCCAGGGCCGAGAGCGAAUUGUUCCGCCUUUUCGGUUUCUUCGCAACGAUCGUCCAGAUUGACAGGACAGUGACAUCAACACGGCACAGGCAUCAUCGAAUCUGGUAGCCCGGGCUUGGCAGCUUGCUUUCCUCUUCUCACUCGGCUCGAAAAGAGGGGGGUGAGUGAGCUGUUUGGUGCUUGAUGCUGUGGGAGCUGCGCUGUGCUGUGCUGUGCUGUGGACGGGCUGGCUGACUGGCCGCUGGCUGGCUGUAUCCGUAGGCUGGCUGGCUGGCUGCUUCUCUGCCCAGGCUUGCGAGGUGCGGAGCUGGGAACGCUAACGCUUGGUCGAGGUACUUGGUCUCACGUCGGCGCGAGACACAAGGGUCCGGGGGGAAACAGCACGUUUCCCACAAUCCAUUUCCACGGGAGAGUGGUGACCCACACCUGAUCUCGAUCGCCCCUCCCUCCAAUCCACCCCAAACCCACACAGUACACAUACAUACCUACCUUUCCCCCCCCUUCUCCCCCCGAGCGGCUGGCUAUCUGCGAGUCCUCUAGCCUCAACAGCCCCCUCCCCGGGUCCCCUAACAAAAUAAGGAAAGACACAAAACCGCGCCUGUCCGCCCACCUCCACCUGGCCUCCCUUUCCUGUCCGUCUUUUGCACGCCUGUGACCUACUGCCUUCCCCCCCCCAAUCUACCGCCGCCGUGCCCUUUGAGGAUUCUUGCAGCAUCGCCCCGUGCUUGUUGAGUGCUAUUAGGCCUCUCCUCUCAGGAAUUGGCCCGCGGACUGCCUACGGAACCGAAAAGCGGAAAGCCGACAAUAGCAUUCUUAUACGUUCGCCGAACCACCGUUGCCCACCCGGCCCUGAUUGAGCCGCAGAGCCGACGCCAAAAACGGUCCCAAGUCCGACCGUCACCGCCAGCUGGAUGGUAGCGACUGUGCGCACUCGACAAGCACCACCCGUCAAUCUGCACGUCAAACAGACCCCGUAGCGCCUUGCUUGCUUGAAGGAUAUAUAUACACACAUAGUUUGAACAAGACCCGCUAUGGAAGCGGGUGAUUCGGGUAACAGGCAAAGUGGAAUUCCAACUGCCAACAGCAACCCCUUGGAUCAUUUUGAUAGACGACCUCGAGACCAACGCAUCGAUACCUCGUAUAGAGAAGGGCAAAACAUGGCGACCGCUACCAUCAUCAGCCCGAGCGCCCCGGGUUACCAUCAGCAUCACUCUUCAUAUAAUUCGGGAUACCCACACUCGGCUCCCGUCACCAGCAUCCCUGGCAUGAUCUCGCCGGUUGAGCCGCGCCGGUCGGCUGAAGAACCAGAAUCCGCUAACAACCACCGGCAAUCCCUCCCUUCCAUCUCCGAAGUCAUCUCGGGGACAAAGCCUGGGUCAUUUGCACCGCCAGUGCCUCAACAAAUGCCUCCUCAGAGCCUCCCAGCGCCUUUCUCGGUCGCAUCGCUCACAGGCCCGCCACGGUCUUUUGAGGCUGGAGUCGAGAAGAACCAGUCGCCAAGAACACUGCAUCCUGUAUCGUCGGGUUACCCACGAUCAGAUACCCUCCCUGCCUUCUCUGACCCAUCACGGCUUGCUUUGGCUAGCCGACCUGCACCUCCACCACUGAACACUUUCUCGGGGCCACACCACUCCCCUUCACAUGCACACAAAGUCGACUCGGCUGAGUCGGACCACAGGCCACCGCAGCAACAACAACCGCCUCUCAGCGCUGGCCAUCGCGAGCAGCCGCCGCAGCAGUUGCCAGGGCUUUAUUCUGAAACCGGACGCCUGCCACCUGGACAGUUGCCUCUGUCGGCAUACCCAGCAUCUCCUAGAAGCUCAGGACCAGGCUUCUCAUCCCCAUAUGAUUCGCAACGGCCACCUGCGUAUGGUGAGGAAAACAGCGAAUAUAUGCACCAUCGGUUGUCAGACUACAAGGCCGCCCUGGACAAGCAUUACGAAACAUAUGGCUACCAAGAUGCUCUGCAAAUCGUUGCCAACUCGUGCCGUACUGGCUUCAAUUUUGCCGAGGCCUACGUAGCUGCCGCGCGGGAGCAGGGUGGCUCACAGCCCAUCCUGUCGAGAAUGCCCACCGAGAACGAGGUGGGCGGGCUUCUCAACAGCCUCCUACUUGCCCUCAAGAAGCUCGAGGAGGUGCGGGAAAUGAUUCAACGGAAUAGAAUUCAGGACGAGCGAGCGCGCGAUCACGGCCGAAAGCCCGAGGACGAGGAUGUGGCCAUGUACAACGACGGGAUGAAGCCAGCCUACAGUCUGAACGAAGUUAAGAAGCGGCGCGGCCUAACAAAGUUAACAAAACAGCGUGCGGCUCCUCCCGGACGGUGUCACAGUUGCAACAGGAUUGAUACCCCAGAGUGGAGGCGCGGUCCCGACGGGGCGAGGACGCUAUGCAACGCCUGCGGUCUUCACUAUGCGAAACUGGAGCGAAAAAGGCAGCUUGAUCAGAGGUCGCUGAGGCCGAAGCCAUCCGAGGACCGAAGCUAGUAUUGACCGGUCUUUUUUCUUUUUUUUUUUUUUUGUUUUUUUUGGUCUUCUCUCCUUCCAGGCAACAAACACGUGUAUCCGUCUUCUGCAACCAUGUCGUUUUUUUAUAUCACACACCCAAUGUUUUUCGAAUACCCGAAUACGUUUUUUUUCUCCUUGUGGGAGAAGAAAAUAUAUUCAAUCACCUUUGCAACAACCACCACCGCCGCCGGGGAGGAGGAGAAAUCAAAAAGAAGUGGAAAAACGCGAAUGUGAAGAUUUUUUUUUUUUUUUGGUUUGUGUACGGUUGAUAUUUGUAUAUACAUAUACCCCCUCUUUUUUUUUCCUUUUUUCCUUUUUGCUGUUCUCGCCUGAAAGACUUGUGUUAUUGGGACUUGAUUUUCUUUUUUUGCUACCGGCUGGCUGGCUUUUGUUUUAUGGUGCAAUGGGGAGAAAGAAGAGUAUAAACAUAUAUGGUGGGGCAAAGGUAGGGGUUGGGG